UGAUCUUCAUCUCAUCAUCAUAUUUAACAAUAUAAGAUCACUUUUGUCGGAUUCAAGUCCAAACUGAGUAUCUCACCUAAUUUGGCAGUACAAUCAUCAUCAGUUUUUCUCAGCCGUCAAUAAAACCUUCCCGAGCCUCUCUUACUAGAGAAUAAGACUCCUUCACGCCUGCGCAUACGAAGAUGGUCUUCUACGAACCUGAGAAGACGCACCACCAGCUGCCUCAUGAUCCAUUUAAAGCAUGUGUCGUCCCCAGGCCGAUUGGUUGGAUCUCAACAACCUCACCGGAUGGCCAAAAACACAAUUUAGCACCUUUCUCCCAGUUCAACAAUCUCACGUUUGACCCACCUUACGUUAUGUUCAGCGCAAACCAAACCCCUUUAAACCGACGAAAAGAUACUGUUAUCAAUGCCGAAGCAACAGGCAAAUUCUGCUGGAAUCUCGCAACAUGGAAGCUGAGGGAACAUAUGAACAUCUCUGCCGAGCAAGUUGAGUAUAGUGUUGAUGAGUUCGAGCGCGCAAACCUGGAGAAGUGCUUUUCGAGUGUGUUAUACGGCGAUGAGACGAAUCCCGUCCCAAUGGUGAAGGCAAGCCCUGUGCGAUUUGAAUGUAAAUACCACAGCACUAUUCGUCUCCCAGGUAAUCCACCGAUGGGAUCAGUCGACAUCGUCAUUGGUAAAGUCAUGGGAAUAUACAUCGACGAUAACGUUCUGACAGAUGGGAAGCUGGAUAUAAGAAAGAUGGAGCCUAUCGCGAGGUGUGGGUAUUACGAGUAUGCGGUCGUACGAGAUACCUUCGAGAUGGUCAUCCCUGGAAUGGAUGAGGCAACCUUAGCCGGCCUGGAGGGGAAUAGUAAGAAGGUGAACGAGCUUUCGACCAUUGGUAUUAUAUUUGCUAGUGAUUAACGUAAUUCACCACCAAGUCGUAUAAUACUGAGAUUUAUUAUUAUACUGAAUCGGUUUAGAAUAAAGGAAAUUUUU